AUGCUGCGACGAGCGAUAACCUCUUUGGGAAACGCGACAUCGCGUGGGUUUUCCGCGACAUCGUCGGCCAGGAACGCGGUCCCGUUCGUCAUCGACAACGAGGGCCGCGGCGAACGCGUCUACGACAUUUAUUCGCGACUUCUUCGCGAUCGCAUCGUUUGUCUGAUGACGCCGGUUCGUUGGGGCUUCACAGUUUGAAAAUAACAUGUUAUAGGCCAUUCCGCGCCAGCUUGCCACGUUUUUCUUUCCGCCAAAAGGCCAGGUCAAAUUUGACCAACUUUCGCUUCAAGACCUUUGUUUCUCGUUAUAAAAGCAGAAGUUUGAUCUGAUUUGGUAUACGGUCUUUUUGGCAGAAAGAAAAACGUGACAAGCUGGCGCGGAAUAAGCUAUAUAAUUUACGAAAAUCGCUGUCUUUUUGAGAAAAUACUGCAGAAACGUCUGAACCUCUUCUUUCCGUACACUCUAUCGCUAAUCGUGUCAAGACCCUUGUAAAUGUCUCUUAUUGGCGCUGAAUGAACUGAAGAAAGAAAGGGAAAAAAAAAUUUUUUUGGAGGCUUAUUAAUUUUAAUAAUUAUUUGAAAAGCGCCAUGCAGGUUCUUCUCACUACUUUUAAGUCAGGAAAGAAUUUCUAAUAAGAAAAAUGACAAGAAAAAUUGAAGCAAUAAAAAUAUUUCCUUAGUUUUCGCUCGAUCUAGAACCAUCACUAAUGCGCUAACUUUGAAAAAAUCCGGGUUUUUCUUGUAUUUUCUUUUUCAAAUUCAAUAUUUUGAACGUUGAUAUAUCAUUUCAGGUCGACGAUUUCGUAGCGUCGGCAGUGAUCGCCCAGCUUUUGUUCCUUCAGAGUGAAAGCAGCAAAAAAACCGAUUCAGUUGUACAUCAACAGCCCAGGUAAGUGUCGCCUGAAAAAAAUAUACUUCACCUUUCAGAAAAAAACAUUUUUUUAAGGUUUUUCUUUUUGAAAAGGUGGUGAAAAGAUUCCUUUUUUUCGCUGUUUCAACAGCUUGGAGACACCAGAGUGGUCACUAUAGAGGCUAGGGAAAAUAAAAACCUCUAUAGUGGACAAAAUAGUGCUCCCUAGAAGGCUAAAAUUCAAAGGCUCCCUAUAAAAGUUUAGUGCCUGACCACUGAGGUAUAAGUGGUCCUUAUAGUGGUCUUUUAAUUUUUUUUUUCUGGAAGUUCAAAAUAAAACGUAUAGGGACCACUAGUAUGCUCCCCUAGAGUGGCUACUUUAGAGCUUUCCUUAGGUAGAGGUCCCUUGGGGGCCCCUAAAGUGGGCACUCUAUGGACCACUCUGAAGUUCCUAAGUUCUUGCUCCCCUCUUUUCCAUGCCACGCUUUUUUGAGCCUUUCGAAUCUUGGAAAAAAUAAAGGGCAUGAUCGGGCACAAAAGGGGGCCAAGAGCCCCUAAAGUUGCCACUCUAGGGACCACUCUGAAAUUCCUAACAACACUGCCUUUUUUGCUGCCUCUUCGUCAUUCCACGCUUUUUUGAGCCUUUCGGACCCUGGAAAAAAUAAAGGGCAUGAUCGGGCACAAAAGGGGGCCAAGAGCCCCUAAAGUUGCCACUCUAGGGACCACUCUGAAAUUCCUAACAACACUGCCUUUUUUGCUGCCUCUUCGUCAUUCCACGCUUUUUUGAGCCUUUCGGACCCUGGAAAAAAUAAAGGGCAUGAUCGGGCACAAAAGGGGCCAAGAGCCCCUAAAGUUGCCACUCUAGGGACCACUCUGAAAUUCCUAACAACACUGCCUUUUUUGCUGCCUCUUCGUCAUUCCACGCUUUUUUGAGCCUUUCGGACCCUGGAAAAAAUAAAGGGCAUGAUCGGGCACAAAAGGGGGCCAAGAGCCCCUAAAGUUGCCACUCUAGGGACCACUCUGAAAUUCCUAACAACACUGCCUUUUUUGCUGCCUCUUCGUCAUUCCACGCUUUUUUGAGCCUUUCGAAUCUUGGAAAAAAUAAAGGGCAUGAUCGGGCACAAAAGGGACUCCUUUCAGCGCCCUGUUUACGCCCGUUUCUGGGACUUCCCAAUGAAAAAACUUUCAGGAGGAAGUGUGACCGCCGGUUUGGCCAUCUACGACACGAUGCAGAUGAUCAGCGCUCCAGUGGCCACUUGGUGCAUCGGCCAGGUUCCAAAUAUCGAAAUAUCCAUGAAAUAAGUUUCCAGGCCUCGAGCAUGGGCUCAUUGCUUCUCUGCGCCGGCGAAAAAGGCAUGAGGGCCGCCCUUCCGAACGCCCGAAUUAUGAUCCAUCAGCCGAGCGGCGGGGCUCAGGUUUAA